AUGUCUAUUCGACCUCUUUCUCCGGAUGUUGUGGCUAAGAUCAAAUCUUCAACUUCAAUUACUCAUUUGAGCGGUGUGAUCUUGGAGCUUGUUAAAAAUUCAUUGGAUGCCCAUGCGACUACAGUUUAUGUUUCUGUGGACUUCAAACGUGGAAGUUGCAUUGUCGAAGACGAUGGGGAUGGGAUCAAACCGAUUGAAUUCAAGCCAAACGGGGGGAUUGGAAAGGCUCAUCAUACAUCUAAGUUCCAAAAUGACAGCUCCUAUGGCCAUCGGGGUCUCUUCUUGGCUUCUCUGGCUUCUUUGUCGCUACUGACUGUGACUUCACAUCAUAUUCAGCACCAGACAACCAAUUCCAUCAUUCUUCACCAUUCAAAUUCCGUGGCACGCUUGAUCCCUGCCCCUGAACAUCAUGAAAUCCGGAUUAGCAACCAUGGCACUUCCGUUACAGUCAAUGAUCUAUUCGGCAAUAUGCCAGUUCGCGUCAAAAGUAGAGCCCUUGCUCUACUAAAGCCAGAUGAACUAGACCGGGAAUGGGAGCACUUGAGAUAUACUUUGAUCGCAAUCAUGCUGGCUAACUCACAACUUUACAAGCUGAUAAUCUCAGAUGUUGAGAGAGGAAAACGAAUAACUAUCCGUUCGGGAGGUACUGGAACCCCCACGACUGGUGAAGUCGAUCUAACGCGCAUCGGAUCCAUCCUUAAACAGUCCGAUAUGAUAGGCUCCCAAAAUAUGGACAGCUGGCACGUUAUUUCAGCUAGUAUUACUGAUCUUACAAUUUCCGCUGCGAUGUCCACCGAUCCCAGCCCCUCGAAGAAACUUCAGUUCCUUUCAUUAGGCAACGAACCAGUAUUGUCUCAGAGUAACUCUAACGUCCUGUUCAACGAGGUCAAUCGUUUGAUGGCCAUGUCUGACUUUGGGAGUACUGAAAAUUCAUCUCAGCUUAAUACUACAACGUCUUCUUCGCUUCGUCUCGGUCACAUCGAUGCAACGGGAAGUACGAGCGGCAGAAGCUCAACAAGGUCCACUAAGAAAUGGCCCAUGUUUUAUAUCCGCAUUGAUACGGGCUCUGUUCGUCAUCUUCGCAACGGUUAUGAGAGUACUCCAGACUCUGAGAGGUCUAUCCAACGAAUAACAGACGUUCUUGGGGCGAUGAUUUUAGAAUUUCUGAAGCAGCAGGAUUUGCGGCCCCGUGUCAGUAGACGGCGGCGAAAGAUUUCAGAUCAAUCCCAUCUUGCUGCCCCUUUUGCCCCAAGUAGCGAUAGGCCAUCGGAGAACUCUGUGGUCCCAGGUGUAGCGUCAAGCAGUGAAGAAACCUUCAGCAGUCACUUCAAGCUACCAUCACUUCAUCAGUCACUACCCAGAGCCCCAGGUGAUCACUUAAACAGCUGGUCUAGAGUUAAAACUGCAAAACAUUCAAAACCAACAAGGUUGGCAGUUGCGACUCCGAAUCGUGAAGUACAGAGCGCUGGAGAACAGUCGCAGAGCCAUGUACACCGAAUGCAGCAUGGCAUAAGAUCUCCACUUGCACAACAUAACCAAUCUCACCAAGAAUCUGGAACUUGUGAGACUAACGAGCCCAGACUGGAUAAUGCCUCUCAAUUCUCCUCAGCCUUCCUAGUUCCUUGGCUUGAUCCACAUACUGGAAAAACGCAUAUGAUUGAUUCGCGAACAGGGCAAACGGUCAACCAAAAAGAAUUUACUGGCGGGUCAAGAAGUAUGGCUCAUAUUUCUUUACCUGAAAGACGAAAGAUUAUCCGAGAGCCUCAAAAUUCUCAACACAUUUGGGUAGACAACUUCUUGAAAUCAUGGGACAACCCCACAUUCACACGAACGGAAAUUCCCGUUCCAUCUCUAGAUACAGACACGAACUACUUGGAUAAUGCGGCAUCAUCCCACGGCUACUUUCAAGGUAUUGGAUCGCUAAAUACUUCGCAAGUAGCGAAGUUCAAAGGCAGAUUGCAGCGCAAAAGUCUAGCGACUGCCAAUAUUAUUGCUCAAGUUGAUCAAAAAUUCAUUCUUGCAAAGCUUGACGCUUCGAUUACUCAAGUUUUUGGCGAACCAGAAAAUAUACUUGUCUUAAUUGAUCAACAUGCGGCAGAUGAGCGCUGUCGAAUUGAAAAAUUAUUUGAGGAGAUGUUCGAGCCGCCGGAGUUUUCAGACACAACUUCAAGGGUUCGAGUAGUUGAGAUCGACCCUUUCAAAUUUGGUAUCUCCUUCGCAGAGAUACCCCUCUUUCGAAAAUACCUUGAUUUUUUCUGGGGCUGGGGAAUCCGCUACAGUUUGGCCACUGAAAAGGAUUUUGAAGCAACAGUUUUUGUACAUGCAGUUCCCAACCUUGUCGCCGAGCGCUGUCGACUAGAACCAGCUAUAAUUCCAGAUUUGCUCCGCCGUGAGAUGUGGACGUAUGAGGAAGAUUACGGGAAACCAAUAUCUUCGAAAUCGAUAUCCUCCAAGAAGCGAACUGCCUUUGAACCUUGUCCUGCAGAUGAUACCGCUCCAAUAUCCUCUGAUCCUUUUCCAUGGAUACACCAAAUGAGCGGCUGCCCUCAAGGCAUCAUCGAUCUUCUGAAUUCUCGUGCCUGUCGUGGUGCCAUCAUGUUCAACGAUCUGUUGAGUACCGACGAAUGCAAGACAUUAGUUUCACGACUCGCCCGUUGUGCUUUUCCGUUUCAGUGCGCUCACGGACGGCCAUCCAUGAUUCCCAUUCUUGAUCUACGACCCCAACAUCUCAAAGACCAGCCUUCACUCUGUGAAGAAGGCGCCUCAAUCUUUGAUGAACAAGAUAGGUUAGAUUUGAGUUUUGUAGAAGCUUUUAAGAAGCGGUAUAACUAUUAA